GAGAGAGAGAGAGAGAGAGAGAGAGCAUAGCAGCAGCACGCAGCACAUAACUUAACACAUAUGGCUAUGGCUAGCUGUGGCAUGGCAUCAGCUGCCUCAGGCUUUGUUGUGGCACCAAAUGUUGCAGCAGCCAACAACACAGGCUCUGCUUCCAGCAGAAGUAGCAUGUUGUUUUUCUCUUCAAAGCCCAACACCAACACCAGAAACAAUGCCAGGUUUGUGAUAAGGGCAACUGAUGAAGCAGCUGCUGCCCCACCAGCAGCCACCAAGGAAGCACCAGAAGGGGCAGCUGCUCCUAAACCUAAGCCACCUCCAAUUGGACCCAAGAGAGGCACCAAGGUGAAGAUUCUUAGGAGGGAGUCCUACUGGUUCAAAGGCAUUGGAUCUGUUGUAGCUGUGGAUCAGGAUCCCAACACCCGUUACCCAGUGGUCGUUCGAUUCAACAAAGUUAACUAUGCCAAUGUGUCCACAAAUAACUAUGCUUUGGACGAGAUUGAAGAAGUUAAAUGACUUUUUAGUAGCAUUGUAAAUUGUAAUCUUAAUUCUCCUUCUAUCAGUUUCUUCCUUGUUUGUGCCUUUAUUGUGUAUCCAUACUCUGUGAUUUCUUCCACCUUUUCUUAGUUAAGUUUCAAUCACUGUUUGCCAAAA